GCGCGGGACGAAGGCGCAGCUCCCGGGCGAUGGCGGGGGAGCCUGAUCGUGACCGGGACCCGGGUCCCGGCCCGUCUGUACUUUUCUUGCACCCGGACCUGGGCGUGGGCGGUGCCGAGCGGCUGGUGCUGGACGCGGCGCUGGCGCUGCGGGCGCGCGGAUGCGACGUGCAGAUCUGGACCGCGCACUACGACCCGGGCCACUGCUUCUCCGAGAGCCGCGAGCUCCCGGUGCACUGCGCCGGGGACUGGCUGCCGCGCAGCCUGGGUUGGGGCGGCCGCGGCGCAGCGCUCUGCGCCUACGUGCGUAUGGUCUACCUGGCGCUCUAUGUGCUGCUGUGCAGCGGCGUGGAAUUCGACGUGGUCGUGUGCGACCAGGUGUCCGCAUGUAUCCCAGUGCUCAGGCUGGCCAGACGGCGUAAGAAGAUCCUGUUUUACUGUCACUUCCCAGAUCUGCUGCUCACCAAGAGAGAUUCUUUUCUUAAACGGCUGUAUAGGGCCCCGAUUGACUGGGUGGAGGAAUACACCACAGGCAUGGCCGACUGCAUUGUGGUCAAUAGCCAGUUUACAGCUAAUGUUUUUAAGAACACUUUCAAGACCUUGUCUCACAUAGACCCUGAUGUCCUCUAUCCAUCUCUGAAUGUCACCAGCUUUGACUCAGCUGUUCCCGAAAAGCUUGAUGACCUAGUCCCCAAAGAAAAAAAAUUUCUGUUCCUCUCCAUCAACAGAUACGAAAGGAAGAAAAAUCUGAAGUUGGCACUGGAAGCCCUAGUAGAGCUGCGUGGAAGAUUGACGUCUCAAGACUGGGACAGGGUUCAUCUGAUCAUGGCAGGUGGUUAUGAUGUGAGAGUCCUGGAGAACGUGGAACACUAUCAGGAGUUGAAGAAUAUGGUCCGGCAGUCUGACCUUGGCCAGCAUGUGACCUUCUUGCGGUCUUUCUCGGACAAGCAGAAAAUUUCACUGCUCCACAGCUGCACUUGUGUGCUUUACACACCAAGCAACGAGCACUUUGGCCUCGUCCCUCUGGAGGCCAUGUACAUGCAGUGCCCAGUCAUCGCUGUUAAUUCAGGCGGGCCCCUGGAAUCCAUUCUGCACAGUGUCACAGGAUUUCUCUGUGAGCCUGACCCAGUGCACUUCUCAGAAGCCAUGGAAAAGUUUAUCCACAAACCUUCCUUGAAAGCCACAAUGGGACUGGCUGGAAGAGCCAGGGUGAAGGAGAAGUUUUCCUUUGAAGCAUUUGCAGAACGGCUUUACCAGUAUGUCACCAGACUGCCAGAAUAAUCAGAUUCUUCUUAAGGUCUUUAUGCUGCAUUAAUUAAUAACAUUUUUGUGGUUUAUAGACCAGAAAUCAAAAAGAAACCUAGCAUCUACCACAGAAGAGAUUAAAAACUAAAUAUGAGCUACCUUCCCGUGCACCACACCUCCCUGUCUGCUUUUUCAGAAAAAAUAUCUUUUAUGCUAUAAUCAUUCCUGGUCUUACCGGUGUUAAAAUACAAAUGUACAAUUCCAUGUUUGGCCGAAUACUUUAAUUACAUUUUCUCUGGAUUAGUGUUACUCUGCCUAUAAGUUUUGAAUCAUAUUGUGCCUUAAUUGUUUUUGAUAGUUUGUGUCUCAUUGUCAAAGGUGGUUAAUUUGAUGUCAGCAUAAUGAGAAUAGGAUUACCGUAGUUCCCAGAAACCUAGGUGUUUACUGUCCUGUGUUGGGGAAUUUUUGUCAUCAUACUUUUGUCUGGGUCCCUGCCAAGAGUGCUAUGUAUUUCCAAGGAUGAUUUAUUGUAUUUUUGCACACUGAGGCAUGACAACAAAAGGUGUGUAUCUUACAGAGUAGCAGACAAUAAAAUUUUAAAUUUUGGCCUCCAUGA